CCAAGGGACAGGUGGAUUUCUUGAACCAUCGCUGUUCUAUUCCUCUUUCAAAGGGAUAUAGAACCAGAAACGGAGUAUCGAAGGAGUAUUGAGUUGUCAAAGAGGACUAAUACGACCGCAUAUUUCUCGAGAAGCAGGUUGAACUUGGAAGGUCACGCCUGUACCCUGUUUAGGAGAAAGGGAGAAACAAUCCUUAUAACUCCCUCCUUGGACAGGGCAAAGGUUAAAGAAAUUGCGAAAUAGCAUUUCCGAAUCCCGAAACGGGUCAGUUCUUCUUUUAGAAAAUUGUAACAAGCAAGUGAGCCAUUAACCAAAACGAAUCAAUGGAGCAUGUACUCGUAUAGAGAUAGAGCAGCCUCUAAACCCCCCAAAAAAGGGAUCUAGAAACAAUGGUGCGCAACUCUCCAUCUGCCGGUAACAAUGAUGCUUCGGACAACCAUCACGACUUGAUCCCCGGACCCCACGACAAAUAUACUGCCAAUAACAAGGCUCCGCUAGCCAACGAUACCAGGCCCCCCCCUCCCCAGAUCGACCCAACAGCCCUCAAGGCGGAGGAUAUAAGCAACAGCACCGUAUCCGCCUCUACGCAAGCCAGCAGCGCAUCAGAGCCCGUGCUCCACCUCCGCGGCGGCGGGGCCAUAGCGAGCGUCAUUGUGCCGGAUCCCUAUCCAGAUGAUGACCAGCGUCCCUCUAGGGUUCUCUGGUACGUCUCAACCGGUACCGGGAGGAGACCAACAUUUGGCGAAAUCAGGCGAGCGCGGACUAUGCAACGGAGUAACAGCGAUGGUCGUAGCAGUUAUGGAGGUCAUGUGCCUGAAAGUGAGAAUAUGCCCCAAUAUGCGCCGCCGAAGGAAAGGGGGAGGGGCUUCUGCAAGACAAUCGGGUAUAUUCUAACUUGUGGUCGUUGCUUUCAGAGACGUGGGCAGGAGCCUGAGUGGGAGCCUCCGGAUGAACUGGUGCCGGCCUUCUACCCGCCUCGUCCUUAGGCGGUCCCCGAUUCCUCCUGUGGUGCGGGUUCACAGUCUUCACAGUCGUGCACCGUCGGAGCCCAAUUUUGAGCCGUUGCCUCCACAUGUUCAGCUCUCUUGUGUUGGUCCUCUGAUACGCAUUUCAUCUAUCACUACCAUCAUUACUCUUCGUAGCAAUGGGCCAUUUCGCCAUGUAGACGAGGAUGAUUCCCGAGGUAACCGUUGGAGAUCCCAGACUUGAAUUGUAUGGCGAUGUUGUUGUUCAGCGCCUUCAUUCGCACUUAUUUCCUUUUUUUUCCGCUUCCUCGUCCUCUUCGUCUUCUCUAGGUCAGGAGAGGAAAAAUGUUUUUGUAGUUUGAGAUAUUGCAGCCUACCUAGUUGGUAUCAACCCCACACAACAGAUAGCAGAACAUCAAUAGAUAUGAUUUGAACAGAGA